AUGAUCUCAUCAGAACAUGGCUCCAGCGAUCUCAGCCGCAGCUACCUUGGACAGCCUGCUGUCUGCUGUGGAGUUUUGAGACAGGCAAAAGCAGAUUUUAUCAUGUGGGCAUCCUGCUGCAACUGGUUCUGCUUGGAUGGACAGCCUGAGGAGGCCCCACCACCACAGGGAGCCAGGACGCAAGCCUAUUCCAACCCUGGGUACAGCUCCUUUCCUUCCCCCACAGGCUCCGAACCAAGCUGCAAAUCCUGUGGGGUCCACUUUGCAAGCACAACCCGAAAGCAGACCUGCUUGGACUGUAAGAAAAAUUUCUGCAUGACUUGUUCAAGCCAAGAGGGGAAUGGGCCACGCCUCUGCCUCCUCUGCCUACGGUUCCGAGCCACAGCCUUUCAGCGGGAGGAACUCAUGAAGAUGAAGGUGAAGGACCUGAGGGACUAUCUCAGCCUCCAUGACAUCUCUACCGAAAUGUGCCGGGAGAAAGAAGAGCUGGUGUUUUUGGUGCUUGGCCAGCAGCCUGUAAUCUCUGAGGCGGACAGGACUCACGCUCCCACUUUGUCCCCGGACUUACCUGCGCAGCAGGCUUUCCCGACGCAGCCCCAUACCAGCACAGGACCUCCUACCUCACCUGGCCUCCCUUCUUCACCUGUGCAAGCCACCUCUGCUCCCCGAGCCCAGGAAAACCAGGCCACUGGCCAUGUGUCUCAGGACCACGAGGAGCCCGUCUUCCUGGAGAGCACAGCCAGAGUACCUACCGAGGAUGAGACCCAGUCCAUUGGCUCAGAGGACAGCUUCGUCCCAGGCCGGAGGGCCUCACUGUCUGACCUGACCCACCUGGAGGACAUCGAAAGCCUGACGGUGCGGCAGCUGAAGGAGAUUCUGGCUCGCAACUUUGUCAACUAUAAGGGCUGCUGUGAGAAGUGGGAACUGAUGGAAAGGGUGACUCGACUGUACAAGGAUCAGAAAGGACUCCAGCACCUGGUGUCUGGUGGUGAAAACCAAAACGGGGGAGCAGUGCCUUCUGGCUUGGAGGAGAACCUGUGUAAGAUUUGCAUGGACUCACCCAUUGACUGUGUUCUGCUGGAGUGCGGCCACAUGGUGACCUGUACCAAGUGUGGCAAACGCAUGAACGAAUGUCCUAUCUGCCGGCAGUAUGUCAUCCGAGCAGUGCACGUCUUCCGGUCUUGAGGGCUAGCAUUGGCUUCUUCAGUGCCUUAUAGGACAUAGCCCAAAGUGUCUGGGCUCAGGGUUGGUCCGAUGCACAAAGGCAGUUUAUUGCGAGAAACUGGCAGUGUUAAGACCAGGACAAGCAGAGGUACCUGGCAUACCUGUCUUGCCAUGGGGUGUACCUCUUAGAUGGCAGAGCCCAAAGCCAGUGGGAACUGAUUCAGAUCACAUGGGUGAGUGCCUGCUUCUCUGAUUUUGGGUGGUGAUGGUAAUUAAUGAAGAGGACUUCCAGAACUCGGAUUGGAUCGUGUCUUCCCCCUUCCUGAGAACCUAAGACACAUUUCACACAUCCCAUACACCACUCCUCCUGCUUCAUCAAUCAAAAGUCCUGCUGGAAAUGGUUCCCUUCCCCCAGCACAUCUGGAUUUAAAUUUCUGGUUUCUGCGUGUUUUAAGUCUGCUACAUUGCCUAAAAUCCAUUUGUUUCUAUGGACCAAAAAAUACGUUAAUCAGAUCAAUAGUAUUCCCUAUGUCAGAAUUUGGAUCAGUAGGCUGAUCUCUGGUGAGAAAUUAAGUCUAAAUGCUGUAGAAAAAUUUCUAAGUUGAGUCCCUUCUGUUAAGUGUUGGGGUUGAUCAGUCCACUGACCUGACCCCUAAACUGCUGGGAAGUCCCUAGGAGGUGGUACGUGGGUCAUCUCUACUGCUUCUCUUUGGGUUUGACGGCACCAUCCUUCACCUUGGGUUAUGAGGAAAGAGAAAUGGAGGCAAUGGCUCUCUGUUUAUCUUUGGCUUCUGAUAUUUUUUUCAGAAGGCUAAACGUUUUUUUUUUUUAGAAAAAACAUUUUGUUUCUCUUCUUUGGGUUUUGAAUUUGCUUACCGAAGGCAUAAGAACUUAGGCAGAGAGCUUUGCUCUUCUUUAGCCUGGCUGCUCAUGGAGUUCCUAGAGAGCAGACAUAUAGGACAGUGUAUGAGGCACUGGAAGGUGCUGAAUGAGGCUGGACUGUGCCCAUGGCUGCUUCUCAGCCUUUUGGGUAGGUCAGAAUGAAUCAUUUUCUGAAUCCUGAGUCCAGCCUCGUGGGGUCUUUACACUGACACGGCUGAAGGGUUUGAGUGGUGUUUGCAGGAACAGCUCAACAAAGCACAGAAGGAGCUGUGUGCUCCUGUAGGAUGCACCCUCAGCACUGGAUUAAAAACCACUGCCCUCCACUGCACAGCUAAGUGAGACUGGAAGAACCACUCAUGACCCUGGAAAGCAGAGGGACACCUCUAAGGGGGCUAUUUGAAUACUUAGGCUUUCUUCCCAUCGUUAACCACUAAAUUCCUUUAGGGGAUCAAAUAAUUCCAUGAAGUAGUUGUCAGAGCCACCAGGCCACUUUACCUCUGCAUUCUAAGUCCAGAUGGCUAGAUUUUGAGUCAAAGCCUUUGCAGGUGUCAGGAAUCACGAGAUUCCUCCACAAAGACUACCUUUCCUCCCUUUCUGAAUAGUAGGUACUGUAGUUUACAGUGUCUUCAGUUUAGCACAGCCCACCGAUUUUGCUGCUCCGGGACUCCACUGUGAAACAGGUCUAAUUAUGCAGCUCAGUAAGACCUAACAAGACUUCAAAGCUGGCUCUCCCUUCUUAAGACUGCUUUCUCUUCUGAGGCCUUACAAGCCCUACCUCCUAGACAGGAACAGAAAUAAUACACUGAUGGCCUGUUAGCAACCCGAGUAACAGUCAGAGCUGAUGUUACUUAUUUUGAAGAAAGAACUUACCUUUAAAUCUCUUUCAUCUUUUGGUAUUUUCUUUUGGAAAAAAGACCAGAUGUCAAACAAGUUUUUUAUUGUAACACCAAAUGAAAGUUGGAAUUCUAAGAUUCCAUUUCAGUUAACAUCUAACCCAGGUAGAAAACCUGAUUUUUUUUUUUUUUUUUUAAAAUACUUGAGCCCCUUUCUGUUCUUCACGGAUCCUUGUUCUUAAUUAACAUAGAAACACCUAAUCCUUCCAACUAUUCUGUGGCUUUCGCUGGGAUUGCGCCAGGAUUUCAGUUGAGACUUAGUUUUAAAAGAUGGACAGCUAACUGGUUCAUAGGUUGGAAUAGCCGGUUCUAAACUAAUAAGCUGUAAAGGAAUUAAUAGUCUAUAUUGUACAAAUUUGUUAAAAUCUCUUGGAUGUGAAUGUGUUACUCCAAGUGGCUUAUAUUAAGAUUUUCUCACCUGGGUGUUAAAAAGCAAACCCAAAUGUGUAUUUUUUGUUACAGAGCUCUGCUUUAUAAUUUUGUAAUAAAGUUUAAAUACAGA